UCCUUCUUCCACACAGAGCCCUUGGGGGUUGGCAGGGUCUGAGACACGGCAGGGGGUGCCACGCAGUGCACUGCAGUGUGAGCUGGGGCCGUGUCACUAAAGCUAAGAAGUCACCUCUAGGGCCCGGAGGUAGCUGUCCCAUGCUCUGCUGAGCACGGUACCAUGCCUCAGUUCCUCAUCCUGCUGCUGCUGGUGGUGCUGCUGGCACCACUGGGCACAGCCUCCACCCAGGAGGGUGCAGCUAAGGGAGCCCCAAACCCUCCACUUUCCCGAGCACGGAGACAGGUGGACGGUGAGGAUGAGGAUUACGACUACCACUACAACACAGAACCUCCAGAAACACUUAUAAUAGCCUCUGGGCUUGUGACCACGAGGGACCAUCUGAGGUCGGUAGGUACUGUGGGACUUGGAACCCCUGAGCUGCCCACUGUGGAGUCCGGCACAGAGCUGGUCACACAGCAGAGUCCAGUCACAGUGGAUCUGGCCACAGAACUGAGCUCUGGAACUGUUUUCACCAGAGAGGUGUCAUUCAGAGUGGGGGCCCUAUCUGUGCAGCCAGCAGCCACAGAGGAAGAGACCACCCAGCCUGCACCCACGGAAGCUGAGACCACCCAGCCUGUACCCACGGAAGCUGAGACCACCCAGCCUGCACCCACAGAGGCAGAGACCACACAGCCUGCACCCACGGAAGCUGAGACCACCCAGCCUGCACCCACAGAGGCAGAGACCACUCAGCCUGCACCCACGGAAGCUGAGACCACCCAGCCUGCACCCACGGAGGCAGAGACCACUCAGCCUGUACCCACGGAAGCUGAGACCACCCAGCCUGCACCCAUGGAAGCUGAGACCACACAGCCUGCGCCCACGGAGGCAGAGACCACACAGCCUGCAGCCACAGAGGCCCUCCUGAGUAUCACAGUCACAGAAGCUCUGUCCACAGAGUCCAUUGCCACAGUGACCGUGUCCACAGAGUCAGACACCACAGAGUUCUCAUCCACAGAACCCACCCCCACCAUUCCUUUUCUUGGGCACUCUGUCAAUGGGAAGGACACCACUGUGGCAGCUAGUGACUUGUCCGGCUCAGGCCUGAGAAAAGGCCUGGCUGUGCCCACUGGGAGCUCCAUGGCCCCCAUCCCCACCGAGGCCUCAGGCCGCAUCCCUGUGAAACAGUGCCUGCUGGCCAUCCUCAUCCUGGCACUGGUGGCCACCAUCUUCCUUGUGUGCACCGUGGUGCUGGCGGUCCGCCUCUCCCGCAAGGGCCACACAUACCCAGUACGCAGCUACUCGCCCACUGAGAUGGUCUGCAUCUCCUCCCUGCUCCCCGAUGGGGGUGAGGGGGCCCCCACUGUGGCCAACGGGGGCGUGGCCAAGGGCCGGGACCUCAAGGCAGAGGGCAGGGAGGACCGAGAGGGAGAUGACCUCACCCUGCAUAGCUUCCUCCCGUAGCUGCCUGUGAGACCCCGGGGAGAGGGGUCAUGAGGACAGGGCUGCUGCGCCCCAAACAGGGCCCAGAGCAGCCAGGGCCUGCAGCCCCACAGAUACAGCUGGCAGAGCACCUCCUCUCACCUCCUGCCGUGGCAGAGCUGGCUGUCUCGGAACUGUCCCAGGCCAGGCCAGUGGCAGGCGGCCUCCCUGCCUGUGAGACCUUUGCCCCUUCCUUGCCCAGGUCAGUUCUGGGGGCCCCUGAGUCCCCGCUGCUGCCUGCUGUCCACCUCCCUGCAGGCCACUGGGGCGCAUCCCCAAGUACUGAAUUAGACUAAGUUCCUCUGCCCCACGGCCACCACCUUUUCCUUUGGAACACUUGGAGGAGGUGCUGACAGAUUCCUGAGGCCAUUUCCUUCUGUCCUCUGCCCCAUGAGGGGCACCCUGGGCUUCCUUGGGCACUGCUCUGGGGACCCAGGAAACCCUCAGCCUGUGGGGGCUUGGGAAGUAGACCCUCUCUGGGACUCUGUGGGCCAAUGAGAUUCCAUCUGGGAACAGAGUGAUCCCACUCUGCCCUCGCUGGCUUUUACCUGUGGCCGUGUUUCAGGGUGGGCUCUGUCCUGUUCUCAGCAGCGUCCUCCAGCCCCCCAGCCCAGCCUCAAUAAAUAUGUGCUGAAGGCUGCGUGGUGGCUGAAUCCUUUGCAGGCUCCAAGCUGCCCCCUCCAGGAAGCCCUCCGGGCUUUCUCCAUCCUGCAGCCUGGCGUGCUGGGUGCUACCCGGUGGCAGGGCAGGUCUUCAGCCCAAGCUCUCGGGGACCCCCUUGGUGUUCUGCUCAGCUGACAUUGCCCGUCAGCAGUGUGGCAUCUUGGUCCUGCUUGGGCAGCUGGGGAAGGUUUCACACUGUGAGGGAAAAUGAGGGCUUAAUUCACCCCCCUGCAGGGCGUGGCAGUGGCUGUCCCCAGAUCACCAGCACAUGCCCACAUGCCCACACUGUCCCUCUCAGAAGCCGACCUUGCCAUGAGUGCCAGAAGCAGCUCCUCCCAGGGCAAAUCAGCCAUAGCAAGUGCUCCCCACGGCCCAGAGGAGUCAGAUGGCAUGGCAUCCAACAUGUGGAAGGACUUAGUGGCACAAGCCUAUAAUCCCAGCACUCUGGGAGGCUGAGGCAGGAGAACCUCAAGUUCAAGAGUAGCCGGACCAAUUUGGCAACCUAGCAAGAUACUGUCACAAGCUUUUACAAAUUAAUAAAGGGCUGGUAAUGUAGCUAAGUGUGAAGGCCCUGGGUUCAACCCCCAGUACCAACUAUAGAGAAUUAAAAAACACAAAUAAAUGAGAAAAAUUGGCAGGGAAGAGGGAGGUUGUGUGGAGACAAAGUAUGUUACACGCAGGCACCAAUAUGCAAGGAGAAAGCCAGUACUCUGUGUAACUAAUACGCACUAAUAAAUUUUUAAUAAAAAAUGUUAUUUACAAA